CCUCGGCGCGCGGCCCAGCACCUGCUGCCCUCGCCCGGCCCCGGGCGCCACUGCCAUGCGGCUGGCGCUGCUCUGGGCCCUGGGGCUCCUGGGUGCAGGCAGCCCCCUGUCCUCCCGGCCCCUCCCAGAUGUAGGGGACCCUGCAGGUGGCACUGCGGAGGGGCAGGCAAGGCCAGAGAGGGACCUGGGUGGACCCUCGGAGCCCCAGAUCCUUCGGGACAGCCCCACACUCAGCCUAGCGGAGAUGGUCCAGACCAGUCUGCCUGAGGCUCUGAGGAUCAGCUUGGAAUUGGACGGUGAGAGUCACAUCCUGGAGCUGCUUCGGACCAGGGGGCCAGGCCCAGGCCGCCCCAGCCUGACGUGGUACCAGCCUGAUGGCACCCGGGUGGUCAGCGAGAAGCGCACUCCGGAGAGCUGCUGCUACCAGGGAGUGGUGCAGGGCCGAGCGGGCUCCUGGGUGUCUGUGUGCACCUGCUCAGGGCUCAGGGGGCUGGUGAUCCUGUCCCCCGAAAGAAGCUACACCUUCGAGCUGGGGCCUGGGGACCUUCGGGCCACCCCUGUCAUCUCCCGGACCCAAGACCUUCUCCUGCCAGGCCGCACCUGUGCGCUGAGGGGGCGUGCAUCUGUGCCCACGCAGGCCCCCCCGGAGCGGCACCAGGGACAGCGCCACAGCUGCGCGCACGGUCGUCGGCGGAGGCGGGACGUGGUGGCCGAGACCAAGGUCAUCGAGCUGGUGCUGGUAGCCGAUCACUCCGAGGUGCAGAGGUACCCCGACUCCCAGCACCUGCUGAGCCGAAUGCUGGAGGUGGCCUUCCUCCUGGACGCAUUCUUCCGGCCCCUGAACGUGCGGGUGGCACUCGUGGGCCUGGAGGCCUGGAGCCAGCAUGACCUGGCGGAGAUCAGCCGGGACCCCGGCCUCACGCUGCACAACUUCCUCCGCUGGCGGCGCCGCGACUUGCUGCCCCGACUGCCCCACGACAGUGCCCAGCUCGUGACCGCCACGUCCUUCUCCGGGCCCGCGGUGGGCAUGGCCGUCCAGGACUCCAUCUGCUCUCCCGACCUCUCAGGGGGUGUGAACAUGGACCACUCCGGCAGCGUCCUGGGAGUGGCGUCCUCCAUAGCUCACGAGCUGGGCCACAGCCUGGGCCUGGACCACGACCUGCCUGGGAGCAGCUGCCCCUGCCCGGGCCCCGCCCCGGCCAAGAGCUGCAUCAUGGAGGCCUCCACAGACUUCCUGCCAGGCCUCAACUUCAGCAACUGCAGCCGGCGGGCCCUGGAGCAGGCCCUCCUGGGGGGACUGGGGGGCUGUCUCUUCGAGCGGCUGAGCGGCCUGCCCUCCAUGGCCGCUGUGUGUGGAAACACGCUGGUGGAGCCCGGCGAGCAGUGUGACUGCGGCUUCCCGGAUGAAUGCACCGACCCCUGUUGCGACUACUUCACCUGCCGGCUGCGGCCCGGGGCACGCUGUGCGUCCGGCGGGCUCUGCUGUCAGAACUGCCAGCUGCGCCCGGCCGGCUGGCAGUGCCGCCCCGCCCGAGGGGACUGCGACCUGGCGGAACUCUGCUCGGGGGACAGCCCCCAGUGCCCUCCUGACAUCAGCCUGGGGGACGGCGAGCCAUGCGCCGGGGGCCAGGCCGUGUGCAUGCAGGGCCGUUGUGCCUCCUACGCCCGGCAGUGCCAGGCUCUCUGGGGACCUGAGGCCCAGCCUGCCACACCGCUCUGCGUCCUUACUGCCAACACGAGAGGGGACGCCUUCGGGAGCUGUGGGCGCAGCCCUGACGGCGGCUACCUGCCCUGUGCCCCCAAAGACGCCGUCUGCGGGCAGCUCCAGUGCCAGGGGGGCUGGGCCCAGCCAUUGCUGGGUUCAGCCCGGGAUCUGUACUGGGAGACGGUGGAGGCCAACGGGACCGGGCUUAUGCUGAACUGCAGCCGGGUCCACCUGGACCUGGGCAACGACGUGGCCCAGCCGCUCCUGACUCUGCCCGGCACGGCCUGUGGUCCUGACCUGGUGUGCAUCGACCAUCAGUGCCAGCCGGUGGGUCUCCUAGGAGCGCAGGAAUGUCGAAGCAAAUGCCAUGAGCACGGGGUCUGCGACAGCAAAGGACACUGCCGCUGCGAGGAGGGCUGGGCGCCCCCCGACUGUGCCAACCCCAUCAGAGCAGCCAGCGCCCUGACCACAGGGCUGCCCCUCAGCCUCCUGUUGUUGGCGGCCCUGACGCUCCUGGGCAUUAGCUACUGGCACCGUGGCCGCCUGCGCCAGCGGCUCUGUCAGCUCAAAGGACCCAGCUGCCAGUACAGGGCAGCCCAGUGUGGUCCCCCAGAACACCCGGGGCCCCCGCAGCGGGCCCUGCCGACGCCGGGUGCCAAGGCCAGUGCUCUUGGCUUCCCGGCACCCCCCUCCAGGCCGCUGCCUCCUGACCCUGUGCCCAAGAGACUCCAGGCUGAGUUGGCUGACCGGCCCAAUCCCCCCACCCGCCCUCUGCCCGCCGACCCGGUGGUGAGGCACCCGAAGGGACCCGCCAAGCCCCCACCCCCUAGAAAGCCGCUGCCUGCCGACCCCCAGGGCCCUUCUGCUGACCUCCCUGGCCCAAGACCUGGAACCCAACUGGGAGUGGUUCCCGCCAGGCCUGCGCCACUGCCCCCAGCAGCCCCCUCGCUCUACCUCUGACCCCUGCUGUGGCUCUGCGGCCUGAAACCUGGACCUCGGACUUCAAGAGGCCACCAGUCCCUGGAGUCCCCCGCGAUGACCCAAGGAGACGAGGCCUGGACGUGGAGACCCCAGAAGACCCCAGGCACCAGCGCAGGUGGCUGAGCAGCACCCUAGGGACCCACUCACGCCGUGGCAGCUUGGGUCGGGGAGGGGCUGGGCUCUGGACUGGGCUGAGAGAGGUGCACACAGCCUGUCCGUGUUCAGUGCAAUAAACGUGAGGUCUGGGCACUGCG